GGCUGGACUGUAUUUGCAGAGAUCAAUAUACUAAUACUCUGUUGAUGUACACUGAAGCAUAUAAAUGAGUGAAUUAAAGGCUUUAACUGUAGUUAACCAAUUAACAAUCAGAUAUUUCGAUCAUUAAUUAGUCAGAGAGCUCAUUUCUGGACUACGAGGAAAGUGAAGAUGAACGAAAAGGUGAAGGAUAUAAACCUACCAUCUACUGCUGCGCAAACCUGUCUUAAAAAGUACAUCAUUUUCACGUGUUUAAUGGUUUUGGUGACGGUGAUCACUACGACCUGUGUAGCGACUAUUGAAGCACUUCGAUAUUUGUACGAUACCUUUUACAUGGCACUGGGUUUUCUUGUACUCGGUGCAAUUCCUGUUUCAUUGUUAUUCAUUAUUGAGAAAGUUAGAACGACUUUUCCACUUAAUGAAGUACUGAUCUCAAUUUCGGUCUUAUUAUGGUCUUUUACAUUACCUGCUGUCACCAAAUCCAUGGGAUUUUUAAUUUUUGCACCAUGGGGUAUUACAGUCAUCCUAGCUGUGGUGGCAGUGAUAAUUGGAUACAAAACUGUGAAACAGAGUGCGAAAGUGAGCAUCAUACUAUUGGGCAUCGCUGGUGGAACCACACUGUUGGAUAUCAUUCUGUUAAUUGCUUUAAGACUUGCUAAUCAUGAACUAAUUGCAGUUAUUCUGUCUGGCAUAAUUUUGGCUUUGGCUGCACUCAUAGUAUUAUAUCUCACUGGACAAGGAAUAAAGCGGUGCAAUAAUGAGACAACGAAGACACUUCUACCGUUGUGGUUAGCUCUGAUUACUUGGG